AUGACUCUUUUCAUCAAUGGCAAGAUCCUCUCGAGGACUGUCGCCAGUUUGGCCGACGAACCUACCUUUGCUGAGAGCAUGUACAUAAAAGACGGAAUCAUUCAAGCCGUCGGUACAAAGGACGAUGUUUCGGCAAAAGUUACAGGCGAUGUUGUCACGCAAGAUCUCGGUGGGAAGACGGUUCUACCGGGUUUUGUAGAUGGGCAUAUGCAUCUUUUACUACUGGGUCAAUCGCUGAGAAAGAUUGCGCUGGAGCAUUGUAAGAAUCUGGAGGAUAUUCUUCACGAGCUACGCACGUAUGCGAAAGCGAAUCCGGAUGUUCCGAGGAUCAUGGCGAAAGGAUGGAUGCACUCUAUGACUCCGGACGGAGUAACGGCCAAGAUUCUUGAUGAGAUUGACGAGAGGCCGAUUUAUGUUGAUACAAAGGACAUGCACUCGACGUGGUGCAAUUCAGCGGGGUUGAAGGAGAUGAAAGUCGCUGAUUUGGAGGAUCCGCCUGGUGGUAUCAUCGAGAGGGAUGAGAACGGUAAACCAUCUGGUGUUCUCAGCGAAGCGUCCAUUUUGUCGAUUGUGUGGCCUACGCUUGCGCAGCUUGCGUCGAAUGAGGAGCGGAUUGAGUGUAUGCUCGCUGCGUUCAAAGCGUACCAUGCGUCAGGAUACACAGGGAUUAUCGAGAUGGCGAUGGAUGAGUACAGCUGGGAGAGCCUUGUUGAGUUGAAGAGGAGACAUCCUGAUGUUGCGAUGCGUGUUACGGCGUAUUGGAUCGUUAAACCUGCUGAUACAGUGGAAGAGCGCACUCGUCAGGUUGAGAGGGCUGUUGAACUUGCGAGGCAGUAUAGUCUGGAGAACUCGCCUGAUCUUCGUAUCGCGGGUAUCAAGAUCAUUUGCGAUGGUAUCAUCGAUGCGUGUACGGCGUAUCUCUCUGAACCAUACUCUGCAGUUGCGUCACCGCCGCCGUUUUGGUCAAGAGAGGAUCUUGAACCUGUUGUUAAACAGGCAGCUGAUGCUGGUAUCCAAAUAGCUCUUCAUGCUAUCGGUGAUGCGGCGAUUCAUAUGGCGGUUGAUAUGCUCGAGAAGUACGGCAUACCAGGUGCCCGACAUCGAAUCGAACAUCUCGAGGUCUCAUCCCCUGAAGACGCAAAACGCCUGGGCAAACUGGGCCUCACAGCUUCCAUCCAGCCCGUCCACGCCGAUCCAGCAAUUCUCCGCGCCUGGCCCCGUCUCAUCGGCUCCCGACGCGACCGCGCAUUCGCAUACCGUGAAUUCGCCGACUCAGGCGCUCUUCUCGCGCUGGGCAGCGACAGUCCCACAGCACCUUGGAAUCCUCUCCACAAUGUGUAUGUAGCUGCUACACGACGUUCAGCGAGGGAGCCCGAGUGUGAGGAAGUUGUGAAUGAGCAUUUUAAGUUGGGUGUUUGUGAGGCGAUUGUGGCGGGAUCGCAGGGCGCGGCGAAGAGUGUUUUUCAGGAUGGGAGGGUUGGGACGUUGGAGGUGGGUAAGUUUGCGGACUUGGUUGUAGUGAAUAUGGAGUGGGAUAGUAGGACGUUGCUGAAGGCGGAGAUUAAGGAGACGUGGUUUGCUGGAAAGAGAGUCUGGAGUGAGAACUGA